CGGCCAUCUUUGCUAAGGGCAGUGCCGAGCGACCUUCGGCGGCCGAGGAAUGUAAAUGAUCGGCAGUUUGGGAUUUUCAGAAAUUCCAGGUUGGCUGUCAAGAAAUGAAGGUUAGGAUGUGCUGCGCUGGACUGCAGAAUCUCCUCCAAAGGCUGAGCUUCAGUGCCAAGUACUACUCUAAGCAUAACCCUCCUCAAACAAUGUGUCUUUACAAUAAAAUGGGACUAAAAAAGUGGCACAUCCUGGGCUCUUCAAAAAGUAUAUGCACCCACAGGACUGCACCACCUGGAAGCAUCCUGCCAUGCAGAUUCUUUUCCUGCAAGCAGGAAGGAAUGAAAGUCCCUUCCAGAAGGAAGCAAAAUACAGCCAUAGUAACUUCAGGCCUUUUGCACAAGAACCUUCUGAAAUCAGAGCAAAAAAACUGGAAUAACAUUUCACCAACAUACAAAGCUAUGACAAAGAGAAUCAAGGAAAAACUGGAAGAAUUGCACAACAUGUAUACAAUCAAUUCAGGAAGCCCAAGGAUGAGGUUUGGCGAGAAUGUAUACUUUGAAGAUAAUGGCUGCGUAUUUCUUGCAAAAGCAGAUCAUGCUGAAGGAAAUGCUGAGAUUUUAUUCAGUGUUGAAGAUUUUGGCUUUACUGAUGCUUUCAUUCAACGGAUCAGAAUUUCACCAGAUCAGAGAUACAUGGCCAUCAGCUUAAAAAGUGAAAAUUCUGAAGAGGCAACCUGCAUUAUUAUGAAACUUGGCAAUCUUCCUGUUGUGGAAAAAGUAAUUCCAAGCGUAUUUAGCUUUGAAUGGGCUGCAAAUGAUGUUCUGUAUUACACAACUCAGAAGAACCUUAAAUGCCAGAAUGUCUUCAUGACCACAUUCACUUACCAGAAACACACUAAGUUAGUUUAUACAGAACAAGAUGCAAGAUUCUUUGUAGACCUUUAUUGCACAAAAGACAGGCGUUUUCUCACUAUCAACAGCAACAGCAAGACAACCUCAGAAGUUUGGCUGGUUGACUGCAGACAUCCCUUUGAGUCACCUGCUCUUGUACAAGCACGAACCACAGGGGUCAUUUACUACAUCGAGCACAGAAAGGACCAGUUGUACAUUCUUACUACAUAUGGAGAACCUGCAGAAUAUAAGUUGAUGAAGGCACCAGUAACUUCAAGUGGCAAGGAGAACUGGCAGUUAGUUUAUGCACUGGAAAAGAAAACCAAGCUAGUAGACUUUGAGAUGUUCAGUGAUGACUGUAUUAUGUUCCUGAAGACUGCUGGUCAUCUUUACUUAAAUGUGAUUUCUUUUGUUUCAUACUCAGUUCAGUCAAUAAAGCUACCUACAUGGGCCUGUGAAUUUGAAUUGGAAUCUCAUCCAGAACAUACCACCAGCACCUGCUAUUUUCAGCUCUCCUCCCCAGUACACCCCCCUAAGCGUUUUGCAUAUUCAUUUAAAGAAAAUAAUCUCAUUGAACAAGCUGUGCAAGAGGUACCAAUUAUUAAGAAUUGUCACACUAAACGUUUACUAGCUAAAAGCAAGGAUGAAACUUUGGUGCCAAUUACAGUUUUUCAUAAUAAGAAUUCUAAAGAACUGCACAGGAGACCACUUCUAGUUCAUGUAUAUGGAGCUUAUGGCAUAGAUUUGAACAUGAGCUUUAAAGAAGAGAAGCUGAUGUUAAUUGAAGAGGGUUGGAUAUUAGCAUAUUGCCAUGUUAGGGGUGGAGGAGAGCAGGGCCUUAGCUGGCACAGAGAUGGAUGUCAGCAUAAUAAACUCAAAGGUGUCCAUGACCUCAGGGCUUGCAUCAUGCUGCUGCAUCAGCUGGGAUUUUCUCAGCCCAAACACACAGCACUGGCAGCUGCCAGUGCUGGGGGAGUUCUCGCAGGAGCCCUGUGCAACACUGAUCCAGCACUGAUCAGAGCCAUGGUUUUACAGGCUCCUUUCAUAGAUGUUCUAAAUACAAUGAUGAAAACCCAUCUCCCACUGACAAUUGAGGAACAAGAAGAAUGGGGAAAUCCAUUAGAAGAUGAAAAAUGUAUGAAGUAUAUCAAAAGCUAUUGCCCAUACCAGAAUAUUAAGCCACAGUGCUAUCCAUCAGUUUUUAUCACGGCAUAUGAAAACGAUGAGCGAAUACCACUAACAGGAAUUCUACAGUAUGUUCAGAAACUCAGGAAGGCUGCACUAGAUCAUGCCAGCAGAGCAAGAAAGAAAGGAAACUGGAUUCCUAAUAUCAUCCUAGAUGUCCAGGCAAAUGGCAGUCAUUGUGAUUCAUCCUGGGAGCACUCACUGAAUGAGGUUGCAAGACACCUUGCUUUUCUGAAUAGAGAACUUGAAGAAGUGUCUUAUCCCCAACAUCACAGCAAAUUCUGCAAAUAACUCCUAAACACACUGAGCA